AUGAGUGGCAGCGAUGUGAUAAAUCGUCGCGCGGGAUUUUCUCAACAGCAGAAUGAAAUAGAGAGACGGCGAGCAAAGAACUUGGCGGCUCUCCCAGAUGAUGUCGUUCCAGCCAAGGAAGAACUCGUUGGCUUUUGGCCGGGCCAUGCAUCAGAUGCGGCAUUGACAGAGUACUUUUAUGGAAAGACCAAAACAGAUGUAUUAAAUAUUCUCUCAUUUUGCGACCAGCUCAAGCCGCAGUUGUUGGUCGACAUCAUGGUUUCUGUCGCAAAGAAACACCCCGAUCUGCCCAUCUUUGACUCUCCAAGUUGGAAUGCCAAAGCUAUGAGCGCCAUUUCGGGCAGAGCAAAGCAUUCACAUCAGAGCUCUCGGUCUACCACGAAGCUACGACACGGACACACGGUGCUGGAAUCCAGGGUGAAACACAAACACAAGACUUCUAAAAAGACUAUCAAGAUAGCACAAAUCCCCUUGGAAGAAGAAUCACCGUUGAUGGAUUAUGGAGAUUCUCUUCCGCCCAUGUGGCCUAAGGCUGGCGAGGGCUUAUAUGCAAAACUUUCUCCAGAGGAUGAAGAUCGGAAGUUCUUGUUGGAUGAGAAUGACGAGGAGGCGUUUAGUCAUUUCGGAGUGGAUAAAUUUGGCAAGCAGAUUGCGAUUCCUAUAAGUGCUUGA